AUGGCCGUCGAUUCUCUAGUAAUCAACGUUGCCGUUUUAAACUGCGGGUAUACGAGUCCCGUUAUCGAAAAGGAGAGGGGCCAAUAUCAUGACAUCUUCCGAGUACUUCUGCGGGACGCGGUGCAUCGUUCGUCUUCCCUGACGAAAAAACCUACCCUACAGCUCGAGGGGUGGGAUGUUGUGAACCAGAAAUAUCCGUUGUGCCUGGACCGAGCCGAUGCCAUCAUCAUCACCGGAUCGCCCAACGGCGCAUAUCAACCACUAGAGUGGAUUCAUGUUCUGCAGCGUUAUAUCUUGCGUGUCUACAUCGAACGACCGCAUAUCAAGCUGUACGGCUCUUGUUUUGGCCAUCAAAUCAUCUGCAAGGCUCUGUUUGAGGACUAUGGCGCAAUCAUACAGAAAGAUCCGGCAGGCUACGAACUAGGCGUCCACACCAUCAACGUGUCAGAAGAAUUCGCCUCACGAUUCGCUACACUACUUCCUACCAAGUCUCUGCGCCUCCAGUUCCUACACGGCGAUCAUGUCAUUUUGCCUCCAGGCGUCUUGCCGGAAGACGCCUGCGUCAUUGGCUCAACACCUCACUGCGCAAAUCAAGGCAUCUAUCAGCCGGGUAGACUCCUCACAUACCAAGGGCAUCCCGAGUUUGACCAGUUUAUCGAGAUGGAGUGCCUGAAACUCGUCAGUGCACGUGUUGGAUGGCCUGCAAAGUUUACAGAGGCGGCGAUUGCGUCCGCUGCGGCUGUGGAUGAUGCAGUAAUUGCGGCAGAAAUCAUAGUUUCUUUCCUCUUAGAGCCUACGGUAGCAAAAUAA